AUGGACGCUUUCGAAUGGGCUCUGCUGGGCCGGGGAGAGGCGCCACUGGCGGAUGCCCUGCCGCCGCACUUGGCAGAGGGCGUGGCUAGGGGUCUGCCCGGUGGGGCGGUCUCACCGCCGGUGGCGUCGCCGCUCGGCGGCGGUACGCCGCGGAUAUCGCCGCUUGGGACUGGGUGGACCGAUGCUCACGGCGAUGGCUCGCCCGAAUGGGCACAUCUGCCGAGGCAACGAUGGUCACCGGCAAACGACGUGCCGUCGCUGGCAUCGGCCUUCCAGAGCGAGGCUGCCGCCAUGGAGGAGCAGUACGCACAGCUGCGGGCCAACAUCCAGCACAUGGACGCACUGCGCGCCAGCAUCGGUACAGGCCACAGUGUCGGUGGAGGACAAGUGGGCGGCCAGCCCGGGAGCUAUGGCUCUCCAUCGCGGUACAACGAUUCAAUGCUGGCGCAUGCUGGCGGCUACGGCGGCAGUUACGCCGGCUAUGCGGGAGGCGGCGGCGGUGGCUACGGUCUGAAGCCCGAGACUGAUCCCUACGCGUUCGAGCUGCAGCGGGCAGUUGACGGUCUCGCCGCCCAGCUCGACGAGGUGCUCACUCGCAAGGAGGCGGCGGCGGCUGAGAACGAGGCUCGACGCAAGGCGAUAUCCGAACUCUCCAGUCAGCACGCAGCCAAGCUCGAGCAGGUGCGCGAGUUGGAGCGCAAGCGCAGCCAGAUGAUAGAGACACUCCAAGCUGCCGAGCAGAUGAGCCAGUCCGGGCUCGGUGCCUGA